CCUUAUGAGUAUACGGAUGGUUGGAACAAGCUGGAGCAAACCAAUUUACCAGAGAAAGCAGAUUUCUACAGUACGCUAACAGAAUCAAAUAUACAAGAAGAAGAUUAUGAACAUGCAAAAACUGUUUGGAGUCACUUUGGAUGCAAGACUUUGGGUGAAUACAGUGAUCUAUAUCUGAAAAUUGAUGUUUUAUUGUUGGCUGACGUGUUUGAGAACUUCAGAGACCUAUGUUUAACCACAUACUGUUUGGACCCAUCUUUUUACUAUACAGCACCAGGAUUCUCCUUUGAUUGUAUGUUAAAAUAUACCAGAGUCAAAUUAGAGUUACUCACAGAGUAUGAUAUGCUGUUGAUGAUUGAAAAGGGAAUUCGAGGCGGUUUGACACAAGCAAGUAUGAGGUAUGCUAAAGCUAAUAAUGAAAGGACCCCAGAUUAUGAUCCAACAAAGUCCAAAUCAUGGUUAAUUUAUCAAGAUUGUAAUAAUCUAUACGGUUGGGCAAUGUCACAACACAUGCCCUAUGGUGGUUUUAAGUGGGUUGAACCUAAACUAGAAGGGCUGAAUGAUUUGAACGAUACAUCACCCAUCGGACGGAUAUAUGAAGUUGACAUUACUUAUCCAAAAGAACUCCAUGAUAAACACAACGACUUACCUUUCCUACCACAAAACAGUAUCCCAGCUGGUUCAAAAGUUAAAAAACUCAUGGCAACACUUCAGUCGAAAAAAAACUAUAUUAUUCAUUAUCGAAACCUCCAACAAGCUAUAGCCAAUGGACUCAUAGUUGAAAAAGUUCAUAGAGUAGUUCAGUUUAAUCAAUCACCAUGGCUGGCUCCAUACAUAGUACUAAACACAGAGAUGCGAAAAAAAGCAGCAAAUGACUUUGAGAAAGACUUUUUCAAACUUUUAAAUAAUGCGGUUUUUGGGAAAACCAUGGAGUCUAUGCGGAAAAGAAUAAAAAUGGAACUGGUGUCUAGUGAUCGUCGUUUACAAAAACUGAUAAAUCAGUCAACAUUCAAACACUGUACCACGUACAAUGAAACUCUAAAUGCAGUUGCAUUAGAAAACAAAAUCAUUGAUUUUUGUAAACCUAUUUAUAUAGGUUUUGCAGUGCUGGAAAUUUCCAAGUAUUUAAUGUAUGACUAUCACUAUAACGUAAUGCAGAAAUAUUAUGAUGAUAAAAUUGAGCUCAUGUAUACAGAUACAGUUCGUGGUGAUAAAGGCAUAAACCCGUUAGACGCUGCGUGUAGAGACCACGAUAUCGCAUACGAACGUAGUAACUCUAUCGCCGAUCGUAACGAAGCUGAUCAUAUAUUAGAACAGCGAGAAUGGGAAAGGUUCAAAUCGAAAGAUUCUGGUUUAAAAGAAAAAGCUGUAGCUUGGGGUGUGACUACCGCCAUGAAGGCAAAACAUAAAGUUGGUGGUGGUUGUGAUUGUGGGUUUAAAGCAGCGUGUGUAGCCGUCGUACGAAAAACAUUUAAAUCUACAAAGACAAAAGUUCCGAGAAUAGUAAACAUUCCAAAAAAAGGCGGUGCAUUACCACUUAUUCCGAUUUUCGCUGGCUUAUCAGCUCUAGGCGCUCUGACUGGUGGAGUUGCCAACGUUGUUAAGGUGGCUAAUGAAUUUAAGAGGAACGUUCCAUCACAUUUGGGAAAUGGUUAUACCUGA